AUGCAGGCCGGCCUAGAUUUGAGUAAGCCUAGGCCACUCCUCAGCCUUUCCCUCUUCCUCUUCCACUUCCUGGUGCCUGGGGCUGGAAUCGAACAAGACCUCGUCAUGAUGAUUUUGUUCGAUGGGUUCCGGCAUGAUUAUUUCUCCCUGGCGAAUACUCCAAACUUCGAUGCAUUGAGAAAGGACGGAGUGUACGCAGAAAGUUUGAAACCAGUUUUCCCAAGCGUGACCUUUCCCAAUAACCAUGCCAUCUCCACGGGUCUUUAUGCCGAGACACAUGGAAUCAUUGCAAAUACCAUCCUGGAUCCUAAGACGAGGAAAGGAGUGUAUAUGUUUACCGACGGGGAGGACAUCGCCACCGCAGACCCUCGCAUCAUCCCGAUCUGGGUACGGCUACGCAUAAGCUCAAAUCGCUUCUUUAAGUCCUAG